AUGGUGUUGGCUCCAUUGAAGUUCCAAGGCCUGGGCAUCCCACAUCCGUUCGGCUCACAGGUUUCCAAGCAUAUUGAAACUCUCCUCCGUCAUUCGACCAACAAGACAAAAACCGGAGCCUACCUGGAAGCCGCUUUGCAAGAACACCAGCUCGAAACGGGCACUUCGUUCGGUGUCUUUCAGCAGGAUUAUUGCAACACUGCCGUCUUGGCUUCCGAUACAUGGAUAAAGCGAGUCUGGAAAGAAUUGGAGAACAUGGACAUCUAUGUGGCCUUUGAUUCUCCGGCCUUACCACUACGAUGCGUCGGUGAUGCUCUGCUGGUGGAAGUGUUUAUGGAUUUGGAGGUGAACCAAGACGAUCUGAAAUGGCUCAAUUGGUGUCGUAUGUUCCUUCAAGCGUGCACCGUUUCCGACAUUGUCACGGCUGAUGGACGAUGCAUCCGCCAGUCGGCUUGGUGCGGAGAGCGUGAUGGAACUCACCGGUCCCCAUAUCAAUGGCCGCGGACAGUUCGACCAAACCGGAAUCACUGGCGUCUAUGGCAGGACACCUUGACCCGGGCACUUCUGCAGCCGGAUGACCCCUCUCAUCAUAUCCGCCAACCGUUGGGCCCUUGGUUUGACUCUAUCGACAACUGGAACUGGCUGGUUUCCCCAACGCAUGGCGUCUUUCAUCGUCAUGGACACGCUUGGAGACACUACGGUCACCGAUCAGGUUCCUACUCCUCUAGCCGGAGGUUCCACAUGAGGCCGGCAUCUAGUGCCGGUUGGUUUGCGGCUCGUUUUGGUCUUUUCCUUGCUGCUGCUGUGGAAGUGUGGGCAGUGACCGCUUUGACGAGAUUCACCAGCAGGUUUGUCCUCUCCUCCAAUUCCGUCUAUGGAUCCUUGAUGGCUCGAACUGUGUCGCAGAUUGCUUGGGUCAUAUAUUCUCCUCGUCUAUAA